GCCAUGAGGACCCUGUGGAUGGUGCUGUGCGCGUUGGCCCGACUGUGGCCUGGGGCCCUGGCUGGCUGCGCAGAGGCCGGGCGCUGCUGCCCUGGCCGGGACCCAGCCUGCUUCGCCCGCGGCUGGAGGCUGGACAGGGUCUAUGGAACGUGCUUCUGCGACCAAGCCUGCCGUCUCACCGGGGACUGCUGCUUCGACUACGACCGGGCGUGUCCAGCUCGCCCGUGCUUCGUGGGAGAAUGGAGUCCCUGGAGUGGCUGUGCCGGUCAAUGCCAGCCCACCACGCGUGUGCGCAGGCGUACAGUGCAACAGCAGCCGCUGAACGGAGGAGCACCCUGCCCACCCCUGGAAGAGCGAGCCGGCUGCCUGGAGUACACCUCAUCGCAGGGCCGGGACUGCGGGCAUUCCUUUGUUCCUGCCUUUAUAACCAGCUCUGCAUUCAACAAGAAGAGAACAAUACAAGCUGCAUCUCCACAGUGGUCUACACAAACUGAGGAUGCUGGAUACUGUAUGGAGUUCAAGACAGAAUCCCUGACUCUGCACUGUGCCCUGGACAACCGUCCACUGUCUCGAUGGAUGCAGUAUCUCCGAGAGGGAUACACAGUGUGUGUGGACUGUCAGCCUCCAGCUAUGAAUGCUGUGAGCCUGCGCUGUUCCGGAGAUGGCCUGGAUUCCGACGGAAACCAGACUCUUCGCUGGCAAGCCAUUGGCAAUCCUCGAUGCCAAGGGACCUGGAAGAAAGUGCGGCGGGUGGACCAGUGCUCCUGUCCGGAAGUGCACCGCUUCAUUUUCAUAUAG